AUGGUUUCACUCACAGACAACCUAUUGGAUGGCGCAAGAUUUACUGGUUGUUACAAUUGGUUCCUUGUACCUCUUGGGAGGGUUCAGAAUCCUUGUUUGGAAGUUACAGAUAGAAUUCUGUUGAAAUUAUAUAUGAGAAGUUUCAGAUCGGAUGGCUAUGACUUCCAGAUAAGAAAAUACAUAUGCGGAGAUAUAAAGUAUGUAGACGACGAAUGUAACUCAGAUAUGCGAACUUUUUUCGCGAAAGGAUCUUCCAUCAAAGAGAAACUGCGUGUUGUAUGGCAUGGACCCAUCGCCAGAACGAUUUCAAAUAAAAUGUCAACAUUGGUAAAGAUAAAGGAGAGCAAGAAUCCCAACUCGCUACCAAGUAUUGAUAUCAAAUGCAGAUUCGUCAAGAAGACCAAAAACACAGAUACAUACAUACAAAGUUCGUCAGGAGACUCACGCUUGUAUUUCCUUUUUGUUACAAAUCCAAUCGUACUGCUCCUCAAUAUUUUCAGGUACUGUUUCUUUCGACAGAAUGAAAGGUCGAAAAGCCUAAGCCUUAUCCUGGGCAGUAUGGCGCGCAUAAUCACGUUUUACGCUGGCUUCUUUUAUUCGAGCGUCUUUAAUUCUCGGCUGUUAUGUCAACAUUGGGUAAGCCCAAGAAGGUUUUUACUAGAGGCCGUACUUUCUCAAGUAUUCAGUAUGGGUUGCAAUCGUUUCAAACAAUAUAUUCCGUGGCUUUAG